CUGGACUUUGCUGGCGGCCCCGCGGUUGGGCCGGGCUGGAUCCGCGGGACGGCGGCCCGCGAGGGCCCUGUGGUGGCCUCCGUGCCCAAGACCUCCAGGCGGACGCCUGGAGAGGUAAGGGUGGAUCUGCAGACACCGGGUAUGAGGACUUCUGGCAUGUGACUCCGUCUUCUUUACCCCCAGCUCCUUAUUCUGCCCUUUUGGGAAUCUGCUGGCCUUGAGAGAUCUGUGAAAAGAGGAGAAAAUGGCUCCUGGGUUCCUGGCAGCAAGACUCCCAUGGGAGGUUUCGAGGAAAGCCUCAUGGAGGAGGCUCAUUGCUGCCUUGUGACUUGAUCAACCCGUGAAGCUACAGUCCAAGGGAGGUCAGGUCUGGGUGCCCUGAGGAAGUAGGGCCAUGCCUUGCACACGGAAAGCAGCUGCCUGAGCAGGAAGGCAGCAGGGGAUCCCUGCCACACAAGAAUUCCAUCUUGGGCGGAGACGACACCUCCAGAAACUCCCUCUGGAUGUUCCAGGUGGGGUGUGGAGAGGCUGAAGAGAGAUCCCCCAGCACAGCCCUGGGGCUGAGGGGAUUCCCCUCCUAAAUAGGGAGGGCAAGAUAUGCGAACGUGUGGAAGUUGGAGAGACGGCGAAGGCUGAGGAGAAAGCACUGCCUUGUGAGGGCUCUGCCCUCCCUCAGGAAGAGGAGAAAAUGCCCGAAGUACAGGAGCUGGUGACAUUCAGGGAUGUGGCUGUGGACUUUACCCAGGAGGAGUGGGAGCAUCUGGACCCCUCUCAGAGGCACCUGCACAGACAAGUGAUGUUGGAGAACUAUGGGAAUCUCAUCUCCUUGGCAGGGCAUUUGCUGCCCAAGCCAGAAAUGAUCUUCCAUUUUGAACAAGAAGAUGAUGUGUGGGUGGAAGAAGAAAUACCAAGACGCUCCUAUUCAGGACUUCCUGAGUGUGUCCAGGAGCCCCGUGCAGCCAAAAGCUCUGCUCCCUUUCAUCACCUAGUUUUCUUUGUCCCAGGAGUCAGGGAUGAGAAGGAUAGGAUUCUCCCUUGGCCUCCAAGAGAAAAACCCUAUAGCUGUCCCCAUGGUGGCCAAGACUUCCGACAGCUCAGAAACCUUCUAAUUCACCGGCGAACCCAGACGGGAGAGAAGCCCCCUCCGUAUUAUGGGUGUGGAAAAGCGUUCACAGAGAGGACAGCAGACCUUAACCUUCCUGUGCUCCUCCCGGGAGAAUAGCCCUCCCAACGUACAGAGCGUUCCAGAGUCUUCACCUUGGGAUCUGCCCUAAGAAGGCACAAGAAGGAGCACAGGGGAAAGAAGCCUCACACAUGUGAGGAACGUGGGAAGCACUUCAGCCGCAGCUCCAACCUGCCCAUCCACCGGCGAGGACACACGGGCGAGAAGCCCUUCCGCUGCUGUGACUGCGGCAAGGACUUCAGCCGCAGGGCAGCCCUGCAGAUCCACCAGAGCGUCCACACAGGAAGGAAGCCGCAUGCCUGUGAGGUGUGUGACCGGGGCUUCACCUCACGCUCAGCACUGGCACGGCACCAGCAGGACCAUGCAGGGGACAAGGCCUAGGUGUGUGACACGUGUGGCCGGGGCUUCAGCCGGAGAGCCAGCCUCUACCUGCACCAGUGUGUCCACACUGGGGAGAGGCCGUUCCACUGUGAGGCCUGUGGCAUGCGCUUCAGCUGGAGCAAGGACCUGGGCAUCCACUGGAGGGUCCACACAGGAGAGCGGCCCUACAGGUGUGGGGCUUGUGGGAGGGACUUCAGGCAUCACUCGGCCCUCAAGAGGCACCAGAGGGUCCACACAGGAGAGAAGCCCUAUCCCUGUGCUGUGUUUGGGAAGGGGUUUAGUCAGAGAGUUCACUUGCGGACGCACCAGAAGGUGCACUGUAGGGAGAGGCUGCCCAAAUUGGGCUCCAUUCAUGCAGGUACCUUCCAGAGCCAGGGGGAAUGCCAGGGCAUGGGUGCUGAGGUGCACGGCAUGGCUCAGGCAUAAUGGUCUAUGGCAUUUGUGAGUGUGUAUACACAAAAGAGCACAGAUCACAAGUGUGCAGGUUGAUGAAUUGUCACAAAGUGAACACACCUGUGUCCACACUUGAACGGAGAAACAAAACAUUUCCAUCUCUCCCAAAAGACCUCUGCAUUCGCCUGUCCAUUCUCUACCCCACAAGGGAAUUACUCUCCUGCCUUCUAAAGCCUUAGUUUUACAAGUUCUAGAAUAUCACAUAAGUGGAAUUACACACUAUGUAAUCUUUCGUGUAGGACUUUGCUCAACAUCUGUAAGAGUCAUCCAUGUUGUGUGUAUUCAGAAGUUCAUUCAUUUUGUCACUGAGUAGUAUUCCUCUGUAUGGAUGAACCACUGUUUGUCCAUUCAGCUGUAGAGGGACAUUUAUAUUUGAGUUAUUUCCAGGUUUUUGUCAUUAGGAAUAAAGCUGCUGUGAACAUUUGGGUACGCAUCUUUGUGUGGACAUAUACUUUCAUUUCUCUUGAGUAUACUUGAGUAUAUACUUAGGAGUGGAAUUGAUGGGUAUUCUAAAACUUUUUAAAAAACUUGUCACUUUUUAAAAAACUGGGCUUAUUAAAGUCCUGAAAUACAUGGUUAAUUUUCACUACAUGUCAAUGUACAGAAAAUAAUUAUGCCAUCUAAGAGUGUUAUCUUGUACAUUGGACUUUUACAUGUACUUGGAAAAUUUCCAACAAAUAUAGCAAUAGAAGAGUGUAACAAACGUCAUGUAGCUUCAACAAUCAAUUCAUGAUAAAUUUUGUUUCCUCUAUUCCAGCCUCCUCCCUCACACUCAAUCCUGAAGUGUUUAAAGCAGAUCCUAGACUAGGAUAUUGUUUCAUCUUUAAAUACUUUAGUGUACAUCUUCAAAGAAUAAACAUCUAUUUAAAAAUAUGUUUUUCAAAGAAUCACCCUUGCUUCAAAACCAAUUUUUUUUAUUGAGGUAAAAUUCAGGUAACAUAAAAUUCGCCAUUUUAACCACUUCGAAGUGUACAAUUCAGUAGUUUUUAGUACAUUCACAAUGUUGUGCAGCCAUCAGCACUGUCUAAUUCCAGAGCACUUCCAUCAGGCCAGAAAGAAACCCUGUUACCAUUAAAUAGUCACUCCCCAUAUUCCCCUCCCCCAGCCUCUGGCCACCACUAAUCUACUUUCCAUCUCUAUAGAUUUCCCUAUUUGGG